UUCAUUCAUCAAUCUUUAUGCAUCUGUUGAUGAUUAUUUCACAUGUUUGACCAAUUAUGAAGUCAAAGUAGCAAAUUUCAAUCGUAUAAUCUGUUGAAGAAUCUAAAGAAUGUUUCUCCUCCCUUUUUGACAGAUAUUGGCUUUGAAGGAUAAUUCUUUUAGGUAAAAGUUUGUGGGAGUUUAGAUUAAAGAUUAGUGAUGAAUGAUAAUGUGUUUACGUUCGAAAAUCCAUCGGAUUCACUUAUGGAUUUCGAUUACAUGGAUGAACUCUUGUUAGAUGGAUGUUGGUUACAAGCUACCGAUGGAUCUGAUCCCUUGAACAACAAUAAUCCAUCGAAUUCCACCCCUCUUCUUGACCCUUCAUUCCAAUGGCCGAAUUUGGAAUCCACCAUUGGAGAACCGGUUUCAAAAGACAUCUUGUUGGCUCCUGAAGGAAAUCCGUCGAAAUCCCAUCUCACAAAUCUCAUCGGUUCGCCGGCCGACCAAUCUGAAAAUCUUUCCGAGUUAAGCAAGCGGUGGUGGAUCGGACCAAGGGCAAGCUCCAGCCCUUCGUUAUCGGUGAUGGAGAAACUGAUUUACGCGAUUGAUAACAUAAAACAUUAUACGGUGGACAAGAACGUAUUGAUUCAAGUAUGGUUACCAGAAACUAGAGACGGGAAGAAGGUCUUGAGUACGAGCCAACGACUUUUCUCGCUUGAAUUGAACUGCCCUCGGCUUUCUAAUUAUAGAAGUAUAUCGGAAGGUUAUCAUUUUCCGGCGGAAGGGGAUGCCAAGGAGAGCGUUGGAUUGCCAGGAAGGGUGUUUAUGGGGAAAGUUCCCGAGUGGACUCCUGAUGUUCGGUUCUUCAAGAUCGAAGAGUAUCCGAGAGUUUCUCAUGCUCAAGAACAAGAUGUUCGUGGGAGCGUUGCGGUUCCUGUUUUCGAUCAAGAUAUUAAGAUUUGUAUUGGUGUUGUUGAGGUUGUGAUGACUACUCAAAAGAGCAAUUACAAUCUAGAGAUUCAAAGUGUUUGCAAGGCUCUUGAGGCCGUUGAACUCAGGAGUUCCGAAGAUUCAAACACACAGACAGUUAAGGUAAGCAAGAGCUUCUAUCAUCCCGCUAUACCGGAGAUUCUUGAGACGUUGAAAUCCGCCUGCAUGAUGCAUAAUCUGCCGCUAGCUCAGACGUGGAUUCCGUGCAUCCAACAAGGCGGCAAAGGCGGUUGCCGCUAUUCCAGUGAUAACUUGAUCCAUUGUAUCUCCACCGUUGAUUCUGCUUCUUAUCUGUCCGAUCCUCGUUUCAAAGAUUUCCAAGAAGCUUGUUCUCAGCAUCACUUGUUUAAAGGUCAAGGUGUUGUAGGCAAAGCUUUCACGACCAACGAGCCGUGUUAUUCUCCGGAUGUAACAUUGUACACGAAAACCGAAUACCCGCUCGCUCAUCAUGCUCGAAUAUUUGAUUUGCACGCUGAGGUGGCUAUACGACUCCGAACCACGUAUGCUGCUUCGAUUGACUUUGUGUUGGAGUUCUUCUUGCCUGUUGACUGCAAGAAUCAUAAAGAUCAAAUGGGUGUGGUUGAUUCUUUGUUGAUGAUCAUAAAAAAGGUUUGUGGGAGCUUGAGGAUCGUUACGGAGAUGGAGUUGCAGGAAGAAGAAGGGUUACUCAUGGUUUCUGAUACGGAACCGGUGCAGAAAACUCAAGAAACGGCUUUUGGUGGAGCGGUUUCGGGAUUGGGUUUGGGGAUGGAGAAACGACGAGCUGGUGCGAAGAUGGAGAAAACGAUCACUCUAGAAAUGCUGAGGCAACAUUUUGCCGGCAGCCUGAAAGAUGCUGCGAAGAAUAUCGGUGUUUGUCCGACGACUCUGAAACGGAUAUGCAGGCAACAUGGGAUACAACGAUGGCCAUCUCGGAAGAUCAAGAAAGUCGGUCACUCGUUAAGGAAGAUCCAACUUGUAAUGGACUCAGUCCAUGGUGGGUCUGGUUCGUUUCAGAUAGAGUCGUUCUAUUCGAACUUCCCGAAACUCGCAUCUCCAGGCCCAUCAAAAACGAACCCGAUCCCGUUUUCGGCUUCAAAGAUAGAAACUUUCGACUCGAAGGCUGCCGAUGGCGCCACUGCCACUUCGUGCAGUCAGGGUUCAAGUUCCAGCCAAUCUUUCUCCGGCGGGACCCACCAGGUCCAACAGGUCGACGAAGAUACCGUUGAAGGAGCUCUGAAACGAACCAAAAGUGACGCAGAUAUUCAUACGUUUUCUGCAUCGAGUGAUCAAGAUCAGGAACCAAAGCUCUUCCCAAGAUCCCAUAGCCAUAAAUCGAUCCACGAGCCUCCAAAAUGUCAAAAUCUACCCCCGAAGCCGCGGUUGAUGCCCGAUGGGCAUCUUCGGAGGGUAAAAGUGACUUUUGGCGAAGAAAAGGUACGUUUUCGGUUGCAGAAAGAUUGGGGGUACAACGACUUGCUGCAAGAAAUCGGGAAGAGGUUUAGGUUGAACGAUAUCAGUGGAUUACAUCUAAAAUAUCUCGACGAUGAUUCCGAAUGGGUUCUACUAACUUGUGAUGCUGACCUAGAGGAGUGUAUCGAUGUGUAUCGGUCGUUUAAGAGCGGGACCAUUCGGCUCGCUCUUCGCGAGCCGCAACUUCGUGUUGGUAGUAGUUUAGGUAGCAAUGCACCCUUGUAAAGGGUCACUCCAGUGCACCAGGGUUGUUAACUUCCGACGGGUCCAGUAUCCCAAACCUGUGUAGAAAUGCAACCACGGUGCACCAAAGGUCUUGGGCUUUUGAAGUCUCGAUAUGCAGGUUUUAUUUUGCAUCUUGAAAAAAAGACUCCUUUAGUUACUCGAACACACGAUCUAGUAAAAAGUGAUGGUUAUAUGAGUCGAGUGGCGGUUUCUGAAGCGAUUUUCUGCCUACGGCAUGGAUGCAGUGUCGGGUUUGUACAGUAUGCGCUGUGAUGUAGCGUAUGCAUAUUUGGGUUGUACUGUAUGGCUUGUUGGGUUGUAUUGUAUGCAUUAUUAAGUUGUACGAAGUCAGAAACAGUUAAUGAUGCUGUUAAUUUUUAGUUACAGCAAAGUACUAUUUAGGAGCUUUGUAUGAUAUAUGGAACUUUUGAUAGAUUUAUUAGAGGGUGUUACACUUGCAAUAUACGUGUUAUUUUUUAUGAUC